AUGGCAUCCCCUCAAUACAAUGAACUACGUGACGAGAUCUAUGUGCAAAUCAUGAAAAGGAUGGAAAAGACGAAAAAGACGGAAAGGAUGGGAAGGAUGGAAAGGAGCCAUGAGGAGGGAAGCCGAUUUGCUCCUCAUGGUACUGCGGAAAAAGUGCUACAGCCAGAAGUGUUGCGGCAGUUUUUUCGGAGUCUUCUAUUGGACGAUAUGCCAAUAAACGCUGAUCUUGACUUCGAUUUCAAUGAAGAAAAUUUGAUUGACAAUAUGAGAGAACGGAAGCUUCAUAAUUUCCUCGCUAUUCUCAUUUUCACCUCAUGCACUAUCGAAGCCGCUCGAACAUUCACCAUCAAAUUGUUAGCGCAAACUGGCUGGUCACCAAAUCUUUGCUCUCUACCAGCAGAGCGUGAGAGCCUCACGGAGAUUUUCGGGGAACAAGUCACACCGGACAAAUUCAUGGCACAGCAAGCAUGCUUUUGUCCUAUCGUGAUUCGCAAUAAAACAGAAGUUCGAAUUCAGGGCCUGGACCGACAGUGUUUACCCUACCUGGAGCAACACUACCUCGGGGAAGGAGCACAAGGCACUGUAUACCGAGUAAAGAUUGCUACGAGGCACUUUUACGACCCGGACAUUAAUGGAACAAAUGACCAGCCGAAGGAAAUGGCACGCAAAGAUUACCAAUCCACCAAGGACAUGGAGAGGGACACGUUGAGGCAAAUCCUUGCCUGCGACCGGACUUGUCCAAAUAUCGUGGAUAUUUACGGCGGCCUUGCCAUUGGCACAAAAUACAGCAUCUUCAUGCCUCUCGCAUUGUGCGAUCUGAGCGCCUACAUGAGGGAACAACGUCCAAACAAACCGAAUACCACUAUGGAGAAGACGGAUAUAAUUCUUUCAGCUUGGGGACUCGCCCGUGGGCUCGAGUUUCUUCAUAAUGGUAUGAGGACUGCCGAAGGGGACAUGAUGGUCUGUUACCAUAUGGAUAUCAAGCCGAGUAAUAUUUUGGUGUUCCUCGACAAUGUUAAGGGCAGGCAGGAGGCCGUUUGGAAAAUUAGUGACUUCGGCAUGUCUCGUCUCAAAUUGAGAUCUCACGGAAGGGAGAAAGAGAAAGAUGUUGGUGGUUGGUUUGUCAGGUCCCAACGGUAUAGGGAUGCAUCUCCCUCGGCGGCCUCCAACAGACGUGGAGACGGCACUUAUAUUGGGCCCGAGUCUCUUUCGAAACAUAGAGCUAUGAGAGAAAAGAGCGAUAUCUGGUCUUUAGGAUGUAUCCUCAGUGUUGUUUUCACAUACUUGGAGGAGGGCAGGACUGGCGUGGAAGAGUACGAAUCGAGAAGACUAGAGCAUCGCAGCGCGGAUGGCUAUGAUCGCUUCUUUGUCACAGAUCCACUGUUCGGUCGACCAAAGAUCAGCCCGGCGGUCACACUAUGGCAUGACAAACUGAUAAAGAACGCCAGACUGAGGAGCCCCAAGGAAGGGGAAGCGGUGAAAUCAAUGCUGGACUAUCUAGUGCAUUCAGUUCUUCAGCCAGAAACAUCAAAGAGAUGCAACGCCAGCGAAUUGGAAAAGAAGUUGAUCCGCACAUUGCAGCAGUACAGGGAUUUGGGAAAUGAGGUGACCCCACGUUUGCCAGACGAAGCGCCUGGCCUAGGCAGGGUGCUGCAGAGAAUGUACCUCGAUAUUUUCAUGCGUGAGAGCCAAGAUCCCGCCACUGACAGACCCUUUAAGUAUUGGAAUCUGGAUGCCUCGGAGCCCUUCAAGGGCUGCGAGAUCUCUCCGGAUGGAACUGUUAUCGCGUUUUGGACUGACAUCAAAAUUUCCCUUUACACUUCGCAAUCUCUGCAACAAAAGGGGGAUAAUGGCAUACGCCCGGCUGCAGAAUAUCCGAUCCCGACUGUAGGAUUUUGGAAGAGUAUCAGCCUGACGAAAAGACAUUUGAUAGCUUCCACCUCCGGAAGUCCUGUCCAAUGUUACAUCUUCAAACUACCAACGGGGCCAUAUAUGGACGUCAAUCUUAGACCUUCGGAUCGAGUCUCCAUACCAUCACUGCCCGAGAUUAAAAAGUUGGCUCUCGCGCCUGGAAGUCAGAGAGUGGCAUGCAUUGUCAGCAACAACGAUGAAAACCAAAAUUCAGGGUCCUUAUAUUUUGGCGACAUCAAUUCUCCGUAUGAGUGGAAGCUGAGGUAUAAACUGGAUUGGCCGGCCGCAGACAUUGUUCAGUUAUCAUUCUCAACAGAUGACGACCUCUACAUGGUUUUUAGGCCACAGCGAAGCGGUCCAAAUCAUAAGCACGAAAUUCCCGUCAUUCACGUGUCCUUUCGAUAUAACCAGAUAACUCCACUCAUUAUUGAGUCACUAGGCCUUGAUACUAGCAGCACUGUUGGCCUUUUUACCACAUUCGCUACCUCUCUCCAAAAGCCUCAUGUUUGUGUACUUGUCACCCGAGAAAAACAGUUGCACAUCCAAAGCCUCGCACAAGAGGAUCAUACGCCUGCUAUAAAAUUCGACAUCAAGAAUUACCGCGUACUUAAGCUAAUGAUGGACAAAAAUGACGACAAAAUAUUGGCGGUGGGGAGGCGCGCGGCCCAUCAUACAAUGCUUCUAUUGGAGAUUGCCAUGCCACCUCAGGCAACAAAGAUUUCUGUGACAGAGCUUGCUGAAAUUCCAGGCCUGACACACAGUGAUGAGUUUACCGAGAGAGUUGUUCACGGUGAAGAAGAGAGUGUUGUUAUUCUUGCCGCUUUGAUGGGUGCAAAUCAAUGCCGCAUAUACAAAACCAUUGUGCCCAGGUCUAUAUAG